CCCGCUUUUCCUUUCGACGAUCUGGCGCUUCAGUGGUUGUACUUUUCCGAAAACGCCGGACCUCCGGGAGCCUCAGCAAAAUUUGCGCCUGCCUGCAUGUCGGUGACUGCCGCGUGGCUUCUCGCCUUUUGCGGGUCACAGUUUCUCUUGGCCGUGGUGGCAGCAUUUUCUGAACACUUCAAAAGGGAUUUUUUUCAGGAGAUUUUGCGCGGGGAAUUCGUUUCGCGGACUAGAGCUGCCCCCCAAAGGUGUUCGACUCGUGAACGUUCCUGCGUUUCCGACGCCCGGGGCGGGAGACCCUGCAUUUCUGGAAGUCAGCCUUCCCCCCAGCGGGGUGGGCAUUUCCGGAGACUGAAAUUUCUGCUUCUUCAAAUGUGUUCGACGUGGCUUUUUUCUGUCUCAGGUGUUGUUUUUCUGGUGUUCCCUCGAGCGAUUUGGCCCUCCGCCGUUUGCGCGUUGGCACCCCAGGCGUACCCUUCUGUAGGUUCCACUCCCUGCGGCAUUUGGUCACGUUUUCUAGUCGCUUUUUAGCGAAACUCUUUCCACUUUUCUCCUUGAAUUUCCCCUCUUCUCUCCACUCCCCGUCUCCAUCUUCCGCUUACAUAUCUCCGGAACUCCAGUAAACCCUUGUUUCAGCUGUCGAGUUACACCGUACCAGGCCCCGCCCCUUCCCUCUCCCUCUCCCUGCUGGCCUAGAAAGCCUUGCUUUUUUCCGAAUUUCUGCAUUUGAACCGCGUCUGCUUUCUCUUUAGCAACAAAAAAUGACGUUUGGCCCCGCGCGAGACUUCCGUCCUGGCUUCGUUCCUCUCGGCCGGGGGCCCGAGGAAGCGGGCCGAAGGUCGUUUUCUCCAGGUACCAGGAUGCCACCUGGUGGGAACACUCCUCCCCACGGCUCCGGGGUCGGGCCUGGCCAGUCGCCUCGCGGCUCUCCAGGAAAUGGGGCGUUUCCGACUCCGUACGUCUUCCCGAAACCGACUGAGAAAGGUCCGCGUUUGGGCUUCCCUGGUUGUGGCCGCGAUAUGCGUCCGCCCUCCGACAAAGACGGCCCGGAGUUUCCGUCUCCCAAGUGUCUCUUACCUCCUGUCCCCGGCAUGGUGCCGCCUGCCCUACCGCCUCUGCCUGGAGGCCUGGAUUUCUCCGCGGCCGCAGCCUUCGCCGCCGCAGCUGCGGCCGCGGGCUCCGGGCCUCCUGGCCCUGGGCUGGUCCCGGGCAUCCCUCCGCCCCCCUUCCCCAACAUCCUCCCGCCCCCAGGAUUUCCGCCGCUCCCUUUUCCGGUUCCUCCGAACUUGGCGACGGCCGCCGCGGCCGCCGCGCUGCUCCACUCGGGCGGCCAGCGGCCCCCAUCGGGGCCAGGGGGCGGCCCGGCGGGCGGGCCCAGUCGCUUCCGGCCCCCGCUGCCGGGUGGGGCGCCGCUGUUUGGAGCCCCAGGGUUCGCGGGCCCGGGGCGGAGCGGCGAGGAGCCUGGAGUGGCGGAGGCGCGGACCGAGCAGCGACCGACGCUCGCCCAGCUCCUCCAGGCAAACGGUGAGAAGGCGAAGCUCAAGAAGCUGGUCAAGGACGAACUUCGGAAGGAGGGGUACAACUUUGUGCUGCUGAAUCUUGCAAUGGAGAAGAUCAAGCAGAAGGGCGGCCCCGACGGCCUCGAGGAAGAGACGAUGCUGGAGAUGCUUAAGGAGGAGGGCCGCGAGCGGAUUCCUGUCUCCGUCAAGAAGCUCCUGGUCACCCUCAUCGAGGGUUUCGCCGGAAAGGAUAAAAAGAAGGAGAAAGAAGAGGAACGCGAGAAGGAGGCCGCUGAGGAAGCCGUCCGCAAUUCACAGGCGGCCGACAGCGACGCGAAUGGCGAGAGCACGGAGGCCAGAAAGGACAUCUCCCUCGAGAAAAGAGGACACUCCCGCAGCUCCUCGCGGUCGCUCUCAAAGAGAAGAUCCUCGGGGAGCAUGCGUAGCGGAAAGCGCGAGGAACACGACGGAAACUCCGUCACUGGCAGCAGCGGCGCCAGCAGGAGUGCCAGCUCCAGCCGCAGCAGCGGCAGCCGGAGUCGAGACAGGGACCGAGUUCGGUCCAUCUCGCAUUCUCACUCGCCUGUUGGCACUCUCGGCGGAGGCCUCGCGGGAAAAAGGAGCUCGAGCCGGGCCUCUAGAGGAAGCAGCAAAGGCAGCAGCAGAAGCAGCUACAGCGACAAGCGCAGCAGGAGUCGAGACGAGAGCGAAGAGAGAAGCAGAAGCCGCAGCAGCAGAGGAAGGAGUGUGAGCAGCAGAGGCAGUGAGAGUCGCGGAAGCAGCGAGAGCAGGAGCCGAGAGAACAGCGAGAGCAGGAGCCGAGGGAACAGCGAGAGCAGGAGCCGAGGGAACAGCGAGAGCAGGAGCCGAGGGAACAGCGAGAGCAGGAGCCGAGAGAACAGCGAGAGCAGGAGCCGAGAGAACAGCGAGAGCAGGAGCCGAGGGAACAGCGAGAGCAGGAGCCGAGGGAACAGCGAGAGCAGGAGCCGAAGUGUCAGUAGUGGGCAUAGGAGUGACAAAAGUAGCGGGGAAGGCAGCUGCGUGAGCCAGAGAAGUCGGAAGAGCGGCGGAAGCGCCUCUCGCAGCAGAAGCUCAAGUAUGGGGGGCAUGGCGAGUGAGAGCCGAGGGAGGAGUGCAAGUUCGAGAAGCGAGACUGGAAGUGGAUCUGAGAGGAGCGCAUCAGGAAGCCGCUCUCGCAGUCCCGACAGUCGACGCAGUCGAAGCUCCAGUGGCGGGAGCGUCAGCAGAAGCAACAGCUCCGGCGGAGACAGGAGCGGAAGCUCCAGCAGAUCUCGCUCUUCGUCUCGCGGGUCGAGCGAGGAGGCGCGUCGGAAGCGAAAGGGGGAAGACGAGAGACGGGCAGCCGAGGAGAGGAAGAGGAAAGAAGAGGAGGAGGAACGACAGAGGAAGGAGGAGGAAGAGAGAAAGAGGAAGGAAGAAGAAGAGCGAAAGAGGAGAGAAGAAGAAGAGCGAAGGAGGAAGGAAGAAGAAGAGCGAAGGAGGAAGGAAGAAGAAGAGCGAAAGAGGAGAGAAGAAGAAGAGCGAAAGAGGAGAGAAGAAGAAGAGCGAAAGGGGAGGGAAGAAGAAGAGCGAAAGAGGAGGGAAGAAGAAGAGCGAAAGAGGAGGGAAGAAGAAGAGCGAAAGAGGAGAGAAGAAGAAGAGCGGAAGAGGAGAGAAGAAGAGCGAAAACGAAAGGAAGAAGAAGAUCGAAAGAGGAAAGAAGAAGAGCGCAAAAAGAAGGAGGAUGAGAAGCGCCGGAAAAAAGAUGAUGAAAAACGCCUGCGAAAGAAAGAAGAAAAACGACGAAGGAAGGAAGGUGACGAUAAAAAGCGAGGUGAAACAGCGAGUUCCGGCGACUCCAAGGCAGUCGAGAAGGAGGAAGAGAAGAAGCGGAAGAGGAAAGAGGGAGAGGAGAAGGACGGAGCGAGGAAGAAGCAGAGGCAUGCGGAGACCGAGGAAAAGCAGCAGAAGAAAGGCCCAAGCCAUGACAGGACCGAGAAGAAGGAAGCAUCUUCGUCCAAAGACUCCGACGCGCACAAGCAUGACAAAAAGAAGAGAAAGAGAGAGAAGGACGACAUGAAAGACAAAGAAGUGAAGAAGAGCAGCCACGGCGGGGAGAAGAAGCGGGGCUCGGACUCGAAGAAAAACGAGAAGCGAGUCUCCAGCAGUCGCCGAAGGUAAACGGACGCUGCACGCGCUGUGCGAAAACAUCCCAUCGCUGUCGGACGCAUGCAUGCAAGAGAGCUCCGGAUCACGACGGAGCAGGCUCUGGAGAUAGCCUCCUCUCUAGCUGUCGUCCAGACAGGCCGAUGGGGGCAUUUUGCACAGUCUCCUCGGCGAGUGCCCCGCCAGCUUUCUGCCGACAACAGCGGAGCAGGGAAUCUCGCGUUGCCUGUUUUUUCAUUUUCGCUGCGGUCUCAAAAAGAUGAUUUGAGAAGAGGAAGCGGGACAGAGACAGAGGAGAGACGACAAGAGGCAGCAGAAUUGAGAUGAAUCAUGAUUGCGUAUGCGCCUUUUUUGGUCACUAAGGAAGCUCCGCAUCGUCCUGACAGGGGUGUCGUGGCGGCACCGCGUCGGAUCGCCAUUUCUCCCUUCUGCACCCUCUGCGCGUUCUCCCGCAUGGCGUGUUGUUUCUGUUCUUUCUGGUCAACAACGCGCGCGCUCUCCUGUCCAUGUCUCACGCCUCUGGACCUCGGAACCUGUUGAACAUCGCCGGCUGGUCGUCGGCCGCGGCGCAGACCGACCCGAGUGAGUUUUGUGUUUUCCGUGAGUUUUUGGCACGCCCCUGUCCGGCCUCUUGGCCUCUGUCACAUCGUCUGUCAAUAAGCGCUACAGAGACGUCUGUUUAGGAGUAAAUAAUAGGCAGUUUCUUGUGUCGAGCACUGUUGCAUGGGUCUAGGAAGACUUUGAGGUGGAGGCAGUCGAGACUCCAUCGGCGCGCGCGUCUCGGAGGGAUUUUCUCGCGCAUGUGUAGAGUCGUAGCUCUCGGGGCGAGGCCAUAGUACAGGCGCCUUGUGCGAAGUUGUCUCUUUCUGUGGGCGCUCCAUUGAGCGCCAGCGAGGCCGAGGGGGGACGAGGAAAUGAGCUGUUGCAAACAAGUGCAGUCGAGACCACUGGGGGAAGCGACAGCAGGGAUACAACAGACAAAACACAAACUAGACUCGCAGUGAUAAGACGAGACAGACAAGCCGCUGAGGCAGUCUUUUGGCCGGGCGGGAAGAGGGGCAGUGUGGAACGACCUGACAGUGCGAGAGAAGAGCGGCCGGCGAAGAGCCGGAGCUGGGCAGAGUUUUUUGAUUCGAAAAGUGGAGGCGAGAGAGAGGUCGUCUCCUCUCGGGCCUCUUGUGGGAGUUCUCUGGCUGCCAGCGAAGAGGUCUUCUGCACUGCAUGCAGAGGGCGGCUUCUCGGAUUUUUGCGUGCCUCCGGAGAACAAGUUGCUCGUGAGACUCCGUCGACUCUAGACCGCCUUCUUUGGACACCAAGGACUUUUUUAGGCUGGAAGGACCGAAGCGGAUUGAUCUGGGGCUUUGCCAAGUUGACUGCUUCGCCUUCUGAGGCGGGAUCUUGCGUGAAGACAAAGAGGACAUGAAACGUCCUGUUGUUGUGGUCUAGCGGGUGUCUGAGAGAGUCGAAAACGCAUGCACCCUUUAGUUGUGCGCAGUGAUGUUCGUGUGCAUGUUUUUGUGUUUUGCCUGUCUAGCUUUUGCGUUGCGUUCGUCCUGUCGCGCUAGCCACGGGAAGGCGGGAACCAUGGGGCUGACGCAAACGGAUCUCUCAAAUAUCCGAGAGACUCGGAGGCUCCGAGGAAGGUGGACGCGAGGACCCACCCGUGGAUAGCUCUUUUGUUUUUCCUUUUUCGAGAAGAAGUGAUAGAGAAACUGCAACCAAGAGAGGCAAAGCAAGAUUUCUGGUGCGGAUGUCCGUCGUGUGUUUUUGACUGAAUUUUGUGUUCACAAAUGUGGAGUGCAUUCCAAGUGCCGUGCGGUGUUUGUUGGCAUGGAUCUGAAUAGCGUAUGCAUUGGUGGAUAUCACUCGGGUACAUGGUUCUUUGCGAGAAUGGUCUCUUUUCCAGCUCAGCCUGGAGAGAUGCAUCAGCGGAGACUGGAUCUCUUCGUUCUGCGACUUUCGACGAUGACGCUCUUCGUUCGCUUUUUCUGGACUUGAGAAUCCACGGACCAACAUAGUGACUGCGCGGCUUGCACCUCUUCGACUGUGAGAUCAAGCAGCACUGUGGCUCCCGGGGACGUGAGCUGUCGUUUAUUUC